AACAGCCGUCUUCCAGAAACAGUGGCUCCAGGGAGAUGAGCCGAGGCAACAAAACUGAAAACUUUUUUCUUGGAUUAAUGAAAAAAAACUGAGAUAAGAGUGGUGGCUUGGUGGGUUUAAGGCUUUGUGUGACCUGAAGGCUAAAAAGGUAGUCGAAAUUAUGGGUGAAAUUGUGAUAAAAAGUGAAGAUUAUAGUUUGCUUAAGGAUCUCACAGUGAAAUUUGAAGCACAAGAAGAGGGUUUCACUUUUUGUUUCUGGGUUUAUCUCCUCAAGACUUGCACAUUUCCUGCUCCACUCAUUAGUCAGGUGGAUAUUUCUGGCAGUGCUCCCUUUCUAGUGCUAAACGAGAAGAAAAUAUUGAAGCUUUUUCCUUUGACUUCAUUAGACCAUGAAGCCCUUGAUCCUGAAAAUUCUACUCUGUUGACAGAAGUUCCCCAUGCAUCUAUGGAGACUGAAUUUCCUUCUGAAAAAUGGGUUCAUGUUGGAUGCAAGGUCUCUGUUGAUUCUGUUCUACUUCAUAUUGAUGGGGGAAUUGUGGCCGAGCAGCCUCUAUCUUCAUUUUUCUGUGAAGAUUCAAUGUCAAAUUCUUUGAAGAGGAUAACAUUGGUUGGUAGUGAUGUGCAAGGUUUUGUCCACCAUGCAAAAGUCUUGCCUCUAAACUUUUCUGUCAGUGAACACUAUGCUAAGGACCCACCUUUGCAAUUAUCUAUUGAUAAUUCAUCUGCCUCUGAGAUUGAAGAAGAUAGCGAUGGUGUUUGGAGCAUUGUCGGUGGCAAGGCAUCUUGCCGCAGGAUCUUUUCUGUGGAUGUUCAAUUAUUAAAUGCAUUUGGAGAGCCUGUAAACAAGGAACUUGAGGUUAUCGCUUCACUUUUGUAUGCUGACAAUGGUGGCCCUGUAGAGAAGACAAGUGAUGGAGAAGCUCCCCUUUUGACAAGUUAUGAUGGAAUUGAAUAUGCGUCUUGUGAUAGACCUAGUAAAAUGUUGCAUGGGUUUGCUUCCUUUAAGCUGAAGAUAUCUCAGCUUUCAUCCAAGUGCGACAACAGGUUGUUCCGUAUUAGGUUUGAAGUACCAAAAGUUGCUGGGUAUCCUUUCCUGGAGGCUCUUUCCCAUCCAAUUCGUUGUAUCUCAAGAAAUCGUACUAUACGCACAUUCCCUAUGGUAAACAAAAAAACCCCAGCUGCUAUCCAUCUACUUGAUGGAUCUCAAUCAUGCGGAUUUGAUGAUGGAUCUGCAGAAUUUCAACACAAUACUGUACGUGAAGCAAAACCUAGUCCAUCUUCAAAGCGGGUGAGGUUGGAACAAGAAAAUAUAUCUGUCAUGGAGCAACCUGGAGGGGAAUGCAACUCUCAUCCCUGGACCGCUAAUAAGGCUGAGAAUGCACUUGCAAAGAGUUCGAAUGGGAGACAUGAAAACUUUGUGGAAGCAGACAACUCCCCAUCUGAUUCAGAGAGCACUGGAGCAAGAAACUCAUCUUUCAAGAGUAUGCUAAGUAGUGGAGAUUCAGUUUCGGACUUAACAAUCUUUAAGUACUGCCUGGGAAACUUGGCUGAGAAAUCUCGUGUGCUCAAGGAGAUUGUAACCUCUUCUUCUGAUGAUGAGGUGUUGGAGUUUGCACAUCAAGUAUCCAUUUACUCCGGAUGUUCUCACCACAGGUAUCAAAUAAUCAUUGCAAAGAAAUUGAUUGAAGAAGGAAGAAAUGCUUGGAAUUCAAUCUCUCAAAACAACCAUCAUGUUCAUUGGGGUAGUGCAAUUUUCGAAAUUGAGGAGCAAUUCAUGAAGAUUUCAUGCUGCAGUACUAGAUCUCUCACACAACAGGACUUUGACCUUCUGAGGAGAAUUGCUGGAUGUGGAGAUUAUAUGGCCCAGGAAAACUUUGAGAAGCUGUGGUGUUGGUUAUACCCUGUUGCUUUUACAUUAUCUCAAGAUUGGAUAAAUACCACAUGGAAGUCCACAUCCCCCAAGUGGAUAGAAGGCUUUAUUACAAAGGAAGAAGCUGAAUAUUCACUUCAGGGCCCGAGGGGCCUUCAGGAGCCUGGAACAUUUAUCCUCCGGUUUCCCACUUCAAGAAGCUGGCCCCAUCCUGAUGCAGGAAGCUUAAUUGUGACAUAUGUUGGCACUGAUUACAGCAUCCAUCACAGGCAGGUUUCUGUUGAUUAUAUUUACAGGGAGAAGGAUGUGAAACCUCUGCAAGAAUUGCUAUUGGCAGAGCCGGAGCUCUCUCGAUGGGGAAGGAUCAGAAGAACUCACUACACCUGAUUGACUUUUAGCAUAUCAUAUUCUCCUACUUGCAGUAUUCCCAGCCAUUAUUUAUUUGUUUACUUUGAACCAUUCUGAUAUUUUGGGAGAUAAGGAGGGUGUUAUCUUUGUUGUAUUUUUGUUCUUGCCUGUAAUGUGUAUAUGAUAUAUUCUCAUUAUCAUUAUAUCAAGUUCUUAAGCACAGAAAUGUCGCCACAA